UGGGCUUUAUUUAAAUUUUUUGUCGCCAAAUGUCAUAAUGACUGUCAAUUUUUCGAUCAAUGUGCUUUUGGCUCUCCUGCUAACCAGCGCAGCUAGCAGUGACGUCAGAGUCCGGCGCCACCGACUCGAAGACCACGAAAAACACUUCGAGAACCCCAACUUCGCCCUGCGAAAGUGCAUCAAAUGCAAUAGUUUCAAGAACUGCGUCGAUGACAAUUGGACAAUAAUGCCGUGCGCCAAAGAAGCCAUCGCCAACCUGCCCUUCGGCGAAAUCGAACGAAAAGUCUUCGAAAAACUUAAUCACACCGAUCUUAACAACACGGACAAAGCGACGCACUGCGCAAUCGUGCAGUGGAAACAGUCCGAGAUACGAGCCUGCGUACCGGAAACGCUCAACGAAAAGGCGUUUUGCACCUAUUUCAAGGAGAAAACGGAAGUAAAGCUGACAAUGUGCGAGAUGUGUCCGGCGGAUGUCAAACCCUGCAACGAUGCGGAACCGCCCAGGGAGGACGGGGCGGAGCUUACGGCCACACACAACCUGGCUUUUUCAUGCCUGUGCAUGGCCCUUAUUGCGAUUUUAAUAAGAUAAAAAUAA